UAUUCAGUAUGGAUGCUGUUUAGUGCACUGCUACCCAUCACUGUUACAAAUACCACCGAUUGGCCUAAAAUGAUCAUCUAUGAGCGUUAUUUUUGUUUCUGUCUGACAGAGUGAGGUGAAAAUCAAGAUGACUGACAGCGGGGAUCUUUGUCCUCACUUGGACUCUAUUGGUGAAGUUACUAAGGAGAAACUGAUUCAGAAGUCAAAGGGCACAUGCCAGUCAUGUGGAGUAGGUGGACCCAACCUCUGGGCAUGUCUACAGUGUGACUGUCCUUAUGUAGGCUGCGGAGAAUCACAUUCUGAUCACAGUACUAUACAUGCACAGGCCAAAAAACACAAUCUGACAAUAAACUUGACCACAUUCAGGGUGUGGUGUUAUGUCUGUGAGAGGGAGGUGUUUCUGGAACCAAAGCCUGUUACUCCUGUAUCAUUAGCUCACCGCUGCAAACCACAUGAACAGGAUCCUCUUCCCCAGACAGCAUGUCACCCGUUAAAAGCAGUGCCUAUCGCAGUGGCGGAUGAGGAAGGCUCAGAAUCUGAGGAGGAUGAGCUCAGACCUAGAGGUCUCACAGGGAUGAAGAACAUUGGGAACUCCUGUUACAUGAAUGCUGCACUGCAGGCCCUCUCCAACUGUCCUCCUUUGACUCAGUUUUUCCUGGAUUGCAGUGGGCUGGUCCGUACGGAUAAGAAGCCGGCGUUGUGUAAAAGCUAUCAGAAGCUUAUAUCUGAGCUCUGGCACAAGAAACGGCCAAGUUAUGUUGUGCCCACUAGUCUGUUUCAUGGAAUCAAACUGGUGAACCCCAUGUUUCGUGGCUACGCUCAACAGGACACUCAGGAGUUUUUGCGAUGUCUGAUGGACCAACUUCAUGAGGAGCUGAAGGAGCCUUUGACCGUCUGCAGUGGUGCAAUCUCAGAUGUCGAGCCUGACCACAGCCGUAAUCAUGUCGAUGGAGACCGAAGCCCCUCUGAGGACGAGUUCCUGUCGUGUGACUCUGGAUCAGGAAGCGAGAGAGGAGAUGGAGAGAGAGCUGGAGGAGAAGCAGAGCUGCUCAUCCAAGAUGAAUGUGUGGGAGUGAGAGGAAAUGGAGGAAUCUCGGAGAAAGAGAGACUGAAGGAGAGAAGAGGAGAAGAGAGGACACGGGAAAUGGACGAGGAUGCAGAUGUGGACACGACUGCACAAGAAGGACAGGCAGAGAGAGAAACAGAGGCAACAACUGCAACCACACAUGUGCCGGCACCAGGAAAUACAGAACCUGAUAAUGAAGCCUCCAUGCAUUGUUCAUCCUCUCGUCCCUGUAGCCCCACUCACAGUGUGCAGGAACUCCACUCCAGACUCUCCAGCAGCCCACCAAGAUCCAGCCCCCUCAGAGCUGGACCCACUUAUACGUUCAAGAAAGCUCAGAUGCUCCUAAGCACCAAGAAGAAGAAGCAGUCCCGUUUCCGCAGUGUUAUUUCAGAUAUUUUUGACGGAUCCAUUCUGAGUCUUGUUCAGUGUUUGACAUGUGACAGGGUUUCAACAACCGUGGAGACCUUUCAGGACCUCUCUUUGCCUAUUCCGGGUAAAGAGGAUUUGGCCAAACUCCAUUCCUCCAUCCACCAGAGUGCUCCUGUUAAAGCUGGUGUCUGCACAGAAGGCUAUGCCACCCAGGGCUGGAUCUCCUACAUCAUGGAAUCUAUACGAAGGUUUGUAGUGUCGUGUAUUCCCAGUUGGUUUUGGGGCCCAAUGGUAAUGCUGGAGGACUGCCUGGCAGCCUUCUUUGCUGCUGAUGAGCUGAAAGGAGACAACAUGUACAGCUGUGAGCGAUGUAAAAAAUUGAGAAAUGGUGUGAAAUAUUGUAAAGUUCUGCGUCUGCCAGAAAUAUUGUGCAUUCAUCUGAAGCGUUUCAGGCAUGAAGUCAUGUACUCAUUCAAGAUAAAUAGCCACGUGUCAUUCCCUUUGGAGUGUUUGGAUCUUAAGCCCUUCUUGGCUAAGGAGAGCCCAUCUCAGAUUACUACCUUCGACCUGCUGUCUGUCAUCUGUCAUCACGGCACUGCUGGGAGUGGUCACUACAUAGCAUACUGUCAGAAUGUGAUCAAUGGACAGUGGUAUGAGUUUGACGAUCAGUAUGUAACAGAAGUUCAUGAGACAGUAGUGCAGAACGCUGAAGCAUAUGUUCUCUUUUACAGGAAGAGCAGUGAAGAAUCUGUGAGAGAAAGACAGAAGGUUGUUGCUCUGGCUAAUUUAAAGGAGCCCGGUCUGCUGCAGUUCUACAUCUCCAGAGAAUGGCUCAACAAGUUCAACACAUUUAUUGAGCCCGGACCCAUCACCAACCACACUUUCCUCUGUCAGCAUGGAGGAAUCCCUCCUACCAAGUACCAUUAUGUGGAUGAUCUGGUUGUGAUCCUUCCCCAAAAUGUGUGGGAAUAUCUCUACAACAGGUUUGGGGGAGGCCCGGCCGUGAAUCACUUAUACGUGUGUGCCAUCUGCCAAGUAGAGAUCGAGACUUUAGCCAAACGGCGGAAACUGGAGAUAGACACCUUUAUAAAGUUAAAUAAGGAGUUUCAAGCUGAAGAAGCGCCUACAGUCAUCCUGUGUAUCAGCAUGCAGUGGUUUAGAGAAUGGGAGAACUUUGUCAAGGGCAAAGACAACGAGCUGCCAGGCCCCAUUGACAACAGCAAGAUUGCAGUAAUGAAAGGCGGACAUAUCCAGCUUAAACAAGGAGCAGACUAUGGGCAGAUAUCUGAAGAAACGUGGCAGUACUUGUUAAGUAUUUAUGGCGGUGGGCCAGAGAUUGCAGUGCGGCAAACAAUCAGCCCCCCAGACACUGACACGCAUGGUGAGAGGAAGAUAGAGGCAGAGACCAGAGCCCUCUGAAAUGGUAAUGAAGACCCUUGUGUGGAUGACCGUUACGCACUACGCUUACAUUUCUGUCUCACAAGCACUUUGUGAGCCUUUCUGUACAUCUGCUAUUUCUGACAGAGCUCUCCUAGUGUAGGAAAGUGUCUUAUUUAUUAAGUGAAUACAUCUGCUAUCAGAUACACGCAUAAAACUUAUUCAACAUUCAUGAACAAGCUUCACUCAUGUGCGCUGGUGAUAUGCUUGUUUCUGUUGUCAGUGGGACUAAGGGCAGUGACUUAAGCCUUUCUCAGUAGUGCAGAGGUAAAUACAUAAUGCAUCACGCAGGACACAUUCAAAUCUUUGUUAGAGCUCUUUGCUGAUGUCUGCCUAGGCAAAAUAAGGCUUGAACUUAGUACCUGCAUGUUCAAAGAAGCUUUCCCUGUCACCCUACUCCACUAUAUCCCAAUAAUUCACACUAAAAAUCAGAUGAAAUCAGGCAUGUUGGCACUUUGAGUUUUUUUACGAAGAAACAAGUGAAUCAUAAUAGUGGUGAAGGCUUAAAAUGUUUCACUAUUUCACAUCUAAGUGAGUUCUGUUUAUGUUCCAACUCACUUCCUACCUCCGCGAUCCAUGAAAACAAUUUCCGUCAAUACUAAACAAUCAAAUGUUCAUGUUCACACUAGCCAUUCAAUCUUUUUGGGAACUAUACUGUAAGAGGGAUAAGCUUUGAUAUUGCAGAUAUACGUUGGUGCCGACACGUUUGCUUUGGAAGUUAUAAUUCAAGCAUUAAAAAUCAGUAGCAGCAGGCUGUGAUGUUAUAGGUGACUUUGCCUUUACAUGUUGAUAGUAAAAGUUUUCUUUAAUCUAGGACUGUUUACUCAAUGCUACUGAAAUCUGACUGUAACUAUCAGGAUGUGUUUCUUUUUCUGCCAUUAAUAUUGCGUUUUGUUUUAAUGCACUUUAAAAUCCUCUGUUUUGGCAUAGCUCCAUGCUCUGUCCCAAUCAAAGGAAGUGAAUCUUUCCCGGAUAUCCCCAUUUCAGUGCCCCAACUCUGACACAGGGUUGCGCAAGCUACAAUAUUUGGUCAGUAUUAAAUGGUCUUCAAAAUGUUCUCCAUUUCCUCAGACUGGCAAAACAUAACUGUUUACUCAAAUGCUUGAUGUGUGGUCUGUUAAAAGCUGCAUCAUUUAUAUAUGUUACAAUGUUUUAAUGAUGCAGCACCAUGGCCCCAAAUGUAACUAAACUACAUUUCUAAGGGAAUGUGCAAUGAGGCGUAUCAGAUGUGUUAGAAAUGCUAAUAAAAUGCUGUCUUUUCAAACGUAUUCUUUGUACAUAGUAAAAUGUAACAGUUUUUAUUUAUGAAUGUCUCAUAAGCAGGUCAGAAUUGUGCAGAAUUGCUGAGUUGUGUAUAGAACAACAAUGAUCUGUUGCAUAUUUUGUUGCAGGAACCUAAAAUUCCAAGGUAACUACUGAUGUAAUGUCUUUUUAACUUAAAUGAUUUAAAUGUUAAGGUCUGUCUGAUUUGACAAAUAGAAAUAAAGCCUGUUCUUUCUU